UCCGUUUUCAGAUGUCAUCAAAUCAAGCCAACAAUCCAUUUCUUUGAAUUCAUCAAGCUGGGCUGAGAUGAAGGCUCGAUUAAAAAAAAUUUGUCCAAGCAGGACGACGUCUUAGCGACUGGCCUCAGUUGGUCGGAACGCUGUCGAAACACCCGCGGGAGGUUUGAACAUCGCAACUCGGGCAAAAUGACGGACGGGAUCUCGGCACGGUACGCGUUUGGGAUUCUUUUGCCUCUUUUGAGACUGAAGUCAAAGAGCAAAUAUGGCGCUAGCGUGAUGAAGGUUUUGCAAUGGCUUGUGGGAAAUAAUUGUGAUCUUCUGCGCUGGUUUUUGCGAUGUGGCGUUCUGUCAAUUCUCUCGCUCUGAAUCCGACUCUGAUAACGGCUCUCGCGUUGGAGCUCUCUAGAUUGUGCGGGUGUAGCCAAGGCUACGUAUACUUCCACAAUAUGCAUUUUGAGUCGUCAGGUCUAUUUUGCUGUUGUGAACUUUUGAGCCGUUCCACGAAAGGUUCAAAGGCCUCCCGGAUAGAGUCGAGGUCCGUUUCUGCUCUGGUAGUGUGCUGCCGUCUCCUGCUGGCCAUAACAUUAGGUACGCUUGCGCUAACAACACCGGUCGUUUACCUCAUUGUGGUCGAUGGGCCACCACAGUUGUAGCAACCUUUACGAGUAUUGUCUUUAUCGAGUUUUAUGAUUUUCUGCCGUGGCCCGACAACUCAGUAUUAUUUUUAGCCUUUUCGAGAGGCUAAGUGAAAUAAUCUGGUUGCGCAAGUGCGCACACCCUUUUACAACAGUAAAAAAUGACCGUCGACAGGGGGCGGGGGAUGCCCAUUGGAUGGCCCCGUUGCAGGAUGGGACUGGGGGGCAAAAUUUUGGAUUAGUCUCUCAUCACAAAAACCCGGCCUUGUAGCAGGGGUGCGUAGACUUUUUCCAAAAUAUAGCUCUCGCAUUGGAUUUCGCAGGCUUGUGCAGUGGUACUUGAUGUUGUGUCUGGACUGGUCUACAGGAGGCGCGUGUGUCUUCCCAAUUUAUUUUGAAUGCCCACUUAAUGCUCAGCUGGCAUGCCACAAAAUCAUCAUAAAUCUCACGCAUAUCAUGUUCAGGAGCCGAAUGAAAAUAAUUGAUAUCUCUGCUAAUACUAAUCAUAGAAGAGUUGAGUGACGGCUGCUAACAAACUGGCGAGCGAUGCUCGACGACGACGACGACGACGACGAUGAUGAAAUGUGGAGCGCAGCUCGGAAGCCCAACGUGUGAACCAACACGAGGCAUUUUUUUGACGUGUUUUUCCGCUCCUCCUAUUUUUCGUCAUCACCACCAUCAGCCUGCAGAGCAUGUUUUCCCCUCAAACCCAGAAGGACGCGCACCCCCAGCCCACCCCUCCCGGUAGCCCCCCCCCCCCCCGCCUCAGCCUCCGACGUCGCAUUGAAUUGCGCGAUGCUUCCCAAUCAGCCGAGCCGCGCUGUUUAUCCGAACGGAACGGAAGAAGUCCCGCGCCAAGCGAAAGGCGUCAAUCGGCAGACCGAGGUCUAAGUCGAGGAUUUUGAAUGCCAGCCUCGGCUGUCAUAUCUGGGGAGGGAUUUUAUUGACCCCCCCCCCCCCCUCCGUCCCCAAUUCACGCCCUCUGCGAGCGGCGCCUCAGCAGGACAGCUGUGUCAUCAACAACCGGCGUGGUUUUGUUGUCGUCUCAUCCGGCGGCCGCUUGGCUCACGGCCAGUCGGCUUCGGCACCAAGGUGGGCCAGCUAGGCGGCCCGGCGACGCCGCGUCCCGCCACCCCGGGCCACCUCGUGUACCAUGAGCUCCGGCUCUGCCCAGGAUGUGGCGGUCGAGCAUUUCCUGCGUGACAUAGAGAGGCGGAGCAAGCGGCUGCACUGCGCUGUGAUUGGCUGCGAGGCGGAACGACCCUGCGGCGACAUGAACCUGCUGUAUCGCAAGAGCCGUUUGGACUGGAGGCAGCGGGACCAGGACGCGAGCAGGAAAAGCUCCUCCCAAAGCGACCCGUCGGCGACCGUCGGCAAAGUCAGAGACCUGGCCUCGUUCCGUCGCCACUUCCGAAUGGGCUUCAUGACCAUGCCGGCCUCCCAGGACCUUUCCCCUCACUCGUGUGCCUCAGCCAUGGCGCCGCGCUCGCAGUCCUGCCACGCGGUCGGCGCCGGGGACGCAAGUCUCGAGAACGGCGAUUGCUCCGACAGCCAGUCCCAACACGGCGGCCGGUGCCCGCCGGUCAAACCCAAGCGCCACCCGAGCACGCGCCUCAGCUCCUCGUCCGCCCCCGAGGGGGCGGCGCCGCCGCCGUCGUCCUCCCACGCGCAAGCCAAACACUCGGAGAAGAAAAACGCCAUGAAGAAGUCCGACUCAGGAGAACUGGCCUCCAAAAAGCUGCCCCCUUUAAAACCCAAGCGAAGUCCCAGCACCCAACUGUCCUUCGACCCACUCCCCCCACGUGUGCCUCAUUCCGCCGCCUCCCUCCCUUUCCAAGGAGCCGACUCCCAGAUCCAAAGCGGAGACGGGGACGACGAGCCGGUCUACAUCGAGAUGGUGGGUCAAGUGUUUACCAGGGAGAGCCAGACCGCCACCCCGCAUCCCGUCACCCCCGUCGCCACCACGCCCGAUUCCGACUCGGACCAGAGCGAGGCCAUCUAUGAAGAAAUGAAAUACCCGCUGCAAGAGAACCGCGAAUCUCAGAGGCACCUGCCCGCCAAACAGGAGAGGAUGAAGACUUCCAAACAUUACCACGUCACCCCCUCGCCCUCCAGCAGCUCCUCGUCACUGCCGCGACCCGCCUCUUCCUCCCCCUCCUACUCCAAACCCAAAACCAGCGUCUCCAUGUCUCAUUCGUCCCCGCUGCCUUCCUCCGCGUCCUCCACCCCCGUGCCCCAGGUUCUAUCCAGCAGCCCCCACACUCCACGAGCGCCCACUCCCUACCUGCUGCAAGGGAGUAAGUGCGAGCCGGAACCCAACACCAAGAUCCCCGCCCCUUUCCCCAAUCUCCUGCAGCACCGGCCCCCGCUGCUGGCGUUCCCUCAACCCGCGGCGGCGUCCAGCGGCGUGGGGGUGCAGAGCAAGGCUUCGGCCUCCUCCAAAACGGGGACCGCUCAAGCCGGAACCUCCUCCUCCGGUGGCUCCAACGUUCCGACGUCGGGCUCCAAGGAACCGUCGGGCGAGAGCGUAACGCCGCAAGAGAAACACAGCAGAGAUUCCCAGUUGGGACCCGCUCCCGGACUCAGAGCCAGGAGCCACUCGACGCCGCUGCCCCCGUCCUCCAAAUCCACGUCACCUUUCUCGCACCACCACCACCACCACCACCACCACCACCCUCACCAUCGGCCCUCCCACUACCACCACUAUCGCAAGCCCGAGAGGGGCGACUCGCCCGCGCCGCUCAAGGGCAGCUCGCAGGCUUCCGCCCAGGCCACCGUGCAGACCCAGACUUUGGCUACGGGCAAGGAAGGGAAGUCCGUUAGCUUCCUCCUGAAGACGGACAAAGGAGAGAAGGACAAAGACAGGGACAAGGAGAGAGGUCGGGAGAGGGACCGGGACCGGGACAGCGGUCCGCACUCUUUGCAACUGGAUCUUUUUCCUGCCACGAGCAGUCAAGGCAACAGCGGCUCCACGCCGACGCCUCAGUCAGCCUCAUCCCACCGGCCUCACUCUCGUCCUCAUUUGCGCUCUCACACCCCCCACGGCCUCCCGGCUUACAGGCCGCCGUCCUCCGACAGCCCCCUGCUGUGGACUUACCCCUCCGGAGGCUUCCGCAGACCGCCGGCCUACGAGAGCUUGAGAGGGAGCUCCCAGACGCCGUCCUCCGGCACCAGCGGCGUCGGCGAGGCCGGGUCCAAGGGCGGCGAAGGCUCUUCGUCGCUCCAGUCCAAGGUCGGCUUCGUGCCGUGGGACAGCGACUCGGGUUUUGCGGCCGACGAAGGCUCGUCGUGGCCCCCGCAGAGGAAAUUGUCCUUCAGCCACGGGAGCCGAGAAACCGAAAAAGAAGAAGGCCGAAGUUGGAACGGCAGCGCCGACGCCUUAUUGAGGAUGGACAAGGAGGAGUUGGGGGCGGGGCUCCGAGGGUGCCCGUCGGGCAUCCCGGCGCACUACGGCGCCGCCGCGAGCCGGACCCUCGCUCACUGCGCGGGUGCGGAGGGCGGGCCGGGAUUCAGGGCCCCGCCCCGAAGCGGGAUGCCGCUCCCCUGCCAGACGUUCCCCGCCUGCCGCAACGGAGUGUCAACGGCGCAAUCCGGGGGUUUCGUUGCAGAAGUGGGACGGCUGGGCCGGUCCUCCUCUGCCGCCGGAGGCAGGCCGGCGGGCGGAGGGGAUGUCCAGCGCCAGAGCAGCCUGCCGGCAAGGGAGGCCCUCAAUCAGCCGCAGGGUCUGGCGCAGACUCAAGCGUCGUGCGGUCCCGGCGGUCCCGGCGGUCCCGGCAGUCCCGGCGUGUCCCGGCAGCAGCAUCUGCAGCUCCACCAGCAGCAGUUGCAGUUGAAGCAGCAGCUCCAGCAACAGCACCACCUGCAGCUGCAGUUCCAGCAGCUGGCCCAGCUGGCGCAGGGUCAGCCCGCCGCGGGCUCCGGCGCCGCCUCGUCCGCGACGCAGACCCAGAGAGACGGAAAGUUGCUGGAGGUCAUCGAGCGCAAACGCUGUCUCUGCAAGGAGAUCAAGGCCCACCGGCGGCCCGAUAAGAGUUUGUGCAAGCAGGACAGCAUGCCCAUCCUGCCGAGCUGGAGACGGACGCCAGAACCGCGCAAGACCGGCACGCCGCCUUGCCAGAGGCCGCAGGCCGUCGUCUGGGACACGGCCAUCUGACCGAAAGGGGCUGGUGUCGCUAGGCCGGGGGUCGAAGGUGAGCGCGGCGGCGGUGCCGAGGUGGAGCUCGUCGUUGUUUGGAAAUAGGAACGAGAUGAGCAGACCUUCGGAUCGUUCUGCUGCAGCCACCCAUCGUGUUCCGUCCGCUCUUGCGACUCUUCCCUCUCGCCUCUCGGGUCUUCCUGGUCGUUUUGCGUAUCCCGCCGCUCACACUUUUCCCGUCCUCCGCGAUGGUACGGGCCCGAUUGCCGUCAGCCCGCCGUUCGGAAUUUCGAUGUGGUCCUAGCGGAUGCGAAUUCCCGGCUCCUGGUGCUCCCGCUCCCGCCCGCGGAUCCCGCCUGAGCUCACCUGUCCGUCGGCAGAUCAAAGAAGUCAAAGAACGGAACUGUUCUUUUCGGACCUACUUUUGGUUCUGUUUUGCCAUUACGCUCCCUUGCUGAUAGGAAAGCCUGAGAUUCGAAUUGCCAAAUUCCCUCCUGACUACUUGACGCGGUGAUUUUUUUAUUUUUUAUUUUUUGCAAAUGAAUGAAGAGCAACACGGCGAGCGCGGGUCGGACUCCUCGCGAAGUCCUUCGAGUCUUUCUUGCGCACCGGACGUCUCGGUAUCAGUAGAUUGUUGUCGUGGAUGCAAAUAAUCGCCGAGAUGUAAAAGCUACCUACUAUAUUGCGUAAUAUUUGUAAAUGCAGUUCCUUUCUCAACAUAUAUAUAUAUUUUUUUUUUGGUUCAAUUUUAUAGCAAUAUGCUCCCAGUGUGGGGGCGAGACGUAACCCGCGUUGACUCGCAGCCUAUAAACGGAACAUAUCUCAAGACUUGAAUGGGUCCCAUUUACUGUGUCAUCCUCUGCGUGUCACAAAUACCGUCGAGAUCAUCACGUGGGAAUUUUACAGAACUCCACUACGAUAGUGUACAGAGUUUUUUUGGUUGUUUUUUGUUUCCGGGCCGAACGUGCGCUGCGUUUGGGGGGGGGACACGCCAAACCCCCAAAAAACACAAAGUUGAUGAUCGUCGGCGACCGACCGGCAGGACCGCGAGUGUCGAUCGCCUCAAAACGGGCAAAAAAAAAAAAAAUAUGCUGGAACAAUCUGCACAAACGCUUGGGAGAAAUCAAACCCUAAUGUACUGUAAAUACAUCUGUACAAAAAGAAAUGUAGCAAUGAUUUCCAUUUUCAUACUUGUAAUCGAGACAUAUUAUGUAGCAUAAAGUGUAAAAAGUGGGACUUGUUUUUCUAGGAGUAUUUUAUCCGCUGUCGCCAGUGCUCGCAUUACUCGGAGUUGUCGUAAUAAACGCUAAACGCCCCCGAAAUGAAGAAGGCCCACUCCGACGGUUUCUUUAUGCAAGAUUCCCUUUAAGACCACUUUCAUUUUUCCAUUUGAUUUCAUUUUUGCUUUCCCGGUGGACACGUUUCAACAUCUUGUCGCCUCCUUGCUGCUAUCUCAAAUUUCUCAUCUUGUCCCCUCAAAUACAGAAGAACGCGCUUACCACGUUGGGUUAUUUUUAUUCAUUUAUUUUAAUAUCGGAAAGCCACGUAAACCGCAUUGAUGUAAAAGUAUAAAAGCGUUUGAAUGUCUCUUGAUGGUUGUUGUUGUCGAUGAUCGUUAGCACCGAAAUGCGAACCCCGUGAGGAGACGACCUGCCCGAGUGUCGGAGAGUCGCUGCUUGGCCUUUUGUUUUUCUUUCGCCUGCGCAUGUCGAUAUUUUUAUUUUCUUUAUUAUUUAUUUAU